CAGAACAGUUUGCCUGAGUUAGUACCACCAUCUAAUAAAAUAAAAUUGAGCCCACGUGACGAAGUUUUGAAACCUGGUUAUGAUUUUGCUACUGAAAAUCCUCAAGAUAAAAAUUAUAAAAUCGACAAAGAUUUGGAUGGAAAAAUAAGCGCUGAAGAUUUUUCACGGAUUUGGAAAGACGUGGAUGAAACCCAGCUAGUUCCCAAAAACGAAAGCCCCGUUGUACCGCAAAGUAGGUUCAAUUUUAGUUCAUUUGGAAAAUCUGUCACCUCGCAAACAAUAAGACGCCCGGAUGGUAGCGUAGAAGAACGCCGAAGU